AUGAUGAAUAGGGCAAAUUAUUAUUUUUAAAACAUAUUUUCAAAUAGCCGCUACGCCACCUAAUGUGAUGUCAUUAUACCCCCCUCCAGUAACUGUUGAGGUCCAGUUUAGCGCAAGGUGGCUCCUCAAUGUUAUUGAAACCCAGAUAAGGCAACACCCGUCUAUUUGAUUGGACUUAAUAUUUUGUUUUUCCCGCGGCCAUCUGCAAAUGUGUGUGCAGGCUGACAACAAACGUCAUCGCUGGCUGACCGGAUAGUCCGACGGGUUUUGAAGCGACUGCUGCCCCGACAAACAUAACGGUUACCGUAGCUGGCGAGCUAACGGUAACGGCUGUGGUCAAAGCUAACUGGCUUAGCUUAGCUUAGCUUAGCUCGGCUAGGCACACCGCACCGGGACCGUCUUCCAACAGCAGGCCUCUGGCUCGGCAAAACAGCGCCGUGAACGUCUCGUCAAAAUGGACAAAGACGAAGCCGACCGAUUAAUAGAGAAGGCAAAGCUGUGCUUGCGGUCAGGACGGAAAGAGAGGGCGUUGCAGCUGUUGUACGAAGCCCAGGACAUUUUUCCCAGCACCCGAGCCAGAGUGCUGAUAGACGCCAUACUGAGGAAUGGAAACAGUGCAUGUCCUGAGGAAAACCACGUCCCCCCACCAAAAGGCUGGCGAGACAGGGAUUUUGGAAAUGCCCAUGAAGACAGCAGUGCAGGUGCUGAUGAGAAGAAGAGCUACACAGAGGAGCAGCGCCUGGGUGUCCUUAGGAUAAAGAAUUGCAAGGACUUCUAUGAGAUCCUUGGCAUUUCCAAAAAUGCCAGUGAUGAAGACUUGAAGAAGGCAUACAGAAAGUUAGCACUGAAGUUCCACCCUGACAAGAAUUUUGCCCCUGGAGCGACUGACGCAUUCAAAGCAAUAGGCAAUGCUUACACAGUGCUGAGCAACCCUGAGAAGAGGCAGCAGUAUGAUCAGUAUGGAGAUCAGUCCUCAGCUGCAAAUGCGAAUGCAGCCCAGCACGCCCAUAGUCACCAUGCACGCUACCGAAGUUUCAACAGGGACUUUGAGGCUGACAUUUCCCCUGAAGAGCUGUUCAACAUUUUCUUUGGAGGAAGGUUUCCCACAGGCAAUAUUCAUGUGUACACCAACCAAGGAGCCUCCUACUCUCAAUACUACCAGCCCCGCCGUCGGCGUGCAUAUGAGAGGCGCGAGGAGGAGGUGGAGGAGAACCGCAGUCAGAACACAUUCACAGCCCUCUUGCAGCUUCUCCCUGUACUGGUGCUAAUCUUUAUAUCAGUGUUUACUCAGAUGAUGGCCACUAACCCACCCUACAGUCUCUUCUACAAACCGGCGAUGGGGCUGGUGGUGUCCCGGGAAACGCAGCACAUGGGUGUGCCGUACUAUGUGGACAAAAGUUUUCAGAAGGAAUAUCGUGGCACUACACUGGAGGAGCUGGAGAAAACCAUUGAAAGUGACUAUAUCGAGCACCUGCAGUGCAGCUGCUGGAAGGAGAAACAGCAAAAGUCCGAUCUGGCAAACCUCGGCCAGCUGUACCGGGACGAGAGGUUAAAGCAGAAGGCCGAGUCGAUGCGGCUGGACAGUUGUGAGAAGCUCCAUCGCUUUGUGGGGCGACAGAGAGGCGAAUGAAGCAUGUUUGAGAGGAGGAGGAACAUUUCUUUCCAGAUUUAUCUUGAACUGUACAACACGGUAGUUUAUAAAACCGUUUUAUCAAUCUGGACACUUUGUAAAGAAAUGUUUCUUUUGGUACAGCACAGUGGCGGAUAAUGUGCCUUCUCUCCUCUUGGAUGGAAGAAAACGGAGCUGCAUGUAAGCUGCCGCCCCCGGCUGUGUUGAUAGCGUCAUGAGGUGCAGACUCACUGUGGCAGUGUUGUAUGAGGUCCUGGAGCCUUUAAACUUUCUUAUAGAAAUGGUAUGACAUGAUAUUGGGGUUUCCCUGAUUGAGGUUAUGAAGGCAGUUGUAUGUUCAAAAUCACAUUUUCAGUUUGUUUUCUAUUUAUAGUAUUUGUAGUUUACCUGUAGUUUUUUUUUUUUCUUUUUUUUUCUUGAUUGCCUUUGUGUCCUCAUUGAAAUGUUAGCGUAUUUAUUUGAUUGGUCUUCGGAGUGAAUGUUACUCAAGCAUUUUUAUCUUUUUCUGUAGAAGUAAUAUAAAUGAGUUUCAGUGAUUUGCAUACUACUGUAGGCUUUGAAGACUGAAAGCGUCUGUACUGUGAAAUGACAGAGGACCUUUUACUCAUGACAAAGCGUACGCAUAUCGGACAUAGAUACAAAAACUAUAAUAGAGUAUAUACUGUGGUUUAAGAGGCAAAUGACCUGCUGCACUAUUGCAGAGUUGGAAAAGUUACCAACACAACCACUUUUUUUUUUCCACUAAUGUAAUUAUUAAAAAAAAAAAAAAAAAGUUUGUGCUUGCCAAAAAAUAAGCAACUGAAUUGUUCAGGUUCAUCUGAUGCACUUUUGAGUUACAUGUUUUAGUCCUGUGUCCCAUCCCCUUACUCACUACUGCAUGCACCCUAGUGAGAGGCUCCAGAGAUUAUUUAUGUAUUUAUUUAUUUAUUUACAUAUUUAUUUUUUGGCAACCACUUCUUAGUAUUACACACUCAAUAUCCAUCAGUUAGAAUAUUUAUGUAUAAUCAAAAUGUGCACAUCUACUGCAUUUAACUGUUACCUUCAAGUUUUCUCAUGAUCAGUUCCAAACAAUCUUACAAACUCCUGCAACCUUUGCUUUCAUGUACACAAAGCCGUGUUUCUGUGUCAGUCAGUGGUACAAUAGUAGUACUCUUUAGCAGAAAAUACCUGAAAAUGAAAGAUGUCACCAGAGUAUGUUUUGGCCUGUCUAUGAUUCGGUUUAAAAAUAAAGACAUUUGUUUACUG